AUGGCCACAGCUUCCUCUGACCUGGCAGACCACCUGUGCUGUUCCAUCUGCACAGACAUCUACACUGAGCCAGUGUCUCUAAGCUAUCAGCACACCUUCUGCAAGAGAUGCCUCCAAGACAGCCUGAAUGCUGGACACCAACUCUGUCAAGUGGGCAGGGCUCUGGUCAGAGACAGAAUCUUCCAGAUCAACAGACUGAUCAGGAACGUGGCCUACCAGCUGAAACUGCAGGAAGAUGCUAAAAGACAGAGAGCUACAGCCGAGAGAGGAAACAAGUCUGUGCAGCUUGUGGAUGGAACUGGUCUCUGCUCUGGGAGACUGGAGGUGAAGUCCAGUCAGUCCUGGGCCUCAGUGUGUGAAGCUGACUUUGACCAGCAGGAUGCAGAGGUAGUCUGUGGGGAGCUUGGCUGUGGGGCUCCUGCAGCUCUACAGGGGGGGCUCUAUGGAGAAGGUGAGGGUCAGACCUGGGAUAAAGAGUUCCAGUGUAAAGGCAAUGAGUCCCUUCUCCUGGACUGUGACACCUCAGACAGAAAAAACAACACAUGCCUACCUGGUAAUGCUGUUGGACUCACCUGCUCAGAGCCUGAUGAUGUGAGGCUGGUGGGAGGAGGCAGUCGCUGUGCUGGUGGAGUGGAGUGGUACGACCAGGGAGAGUGGAGGACUGUGGGAGCUGAUGACUGGAUCAAGGAGGCUGUAGCUGCAGUAGUGUGUAGACAGCUGGGUUGUGGCUCCACUGUUUCAGUACUAGCUGGAAACACCACUAUAGGGUUUAGAGUUCACUGUUCUGGGUCUGAGCCUUCACUGAGGGAGUGUGGCAGAAUUUAUGAUCUCCCUCCUGGACUCACAAUGAUCUGCUCAGAUCUCCUGGUCCAGCCUGAUAUCUUCCUGACUGACUCAAUGGGAGGGGUCUCCAGGGGCCAUCAGGGGCCCGAGGUGUUCAGGGGCUACAACUUCACCAUCACCUGCUCCACUCAGCCACAGUACCCAGGAGGCUCCUUCCUCCUCACGUUCACCGGCUCCAACAGAACCCAGACCCAACCAGCUGUCAAUCACUCUGCUGCCUUCCUCUUCCCUGCUGCUGAUGACUCCCACCAAGGGAACUACAGCUGUGUUUAUGACAAUUAUGUUUUCUCUCAGAACUUCUCCUCUGAGAGUGAGCUCCUCAACCUCACCGUCACAGGUAACUGA